AUGGGAGUAGAAUUUGGGUGCAUCACUGGGGAAGACCUGUGGCGAUUCUGCUGGAAAGGGAGACAGGGAGACAAGAGUGGUGAGAAGCCUGGAAGUGAGCCUGACGAGGCAAAGCUGCAGACCGCCAGCAGACGGAUCGUGCAGAAUGCCAUCCUGCGGGCCGUGCAGCAGGUCUCCCGGGAGAGCCAGAGCCGGAGGAGGGACGCCAGGGCCGGCGACACCGCCCGUGGCAGCCUCCGCCCGGGCGCGGGGGAAGCCGCCAAGAAGCACGAGAAGUAACACGUGGACGGGGCUGUUAGCACACGCUUGGUUUCCAGCCCUUUUGGAAGUGUAGGAUGCGUCACCAGAAACGUUGCCGGUAAAGCAAACUGAAGAGUCAUUCACACCCAGCAGUAGGAUGAUUUCGAGCUAGCCCUUGGCCGAAGGGCACUGUCCUGGAAAGUGCAUUAGACAACUCUGUUUAUAUUAAUGCAGUGCCUCUGAAAUAGUCAGGCAGGCAAGACACUGCCAUUACAGACGUAGUUUUGCAGCACAAUUCAUUUCUAAAGUUCUUUUUAAAAAAAUGGUUCUGUCUUGUUUGUUUAUUUGGCCUUGUAUGCAUUCUUCCUGUAACUUAACUUCCCAGUUCUUUCUGCUGAAGCACCGAGUGUCCUACUGUGAUCUUUACCAUAUUUAAACAAGGCUUGCUGGAGAGGUGAGGGAAGGGCAUUGCAGUCCUCCUCAAAUAUGGAACUGAAGGCUUUAAUAAAGUGGGUUCAGGCCCAAGAUCAUAUUAAGAAAAGGCAAAUUCUAAGUCCCUCAGGAUCUCACAGAGGCAUGCAUUUAUAUUAUUUUGUUAAAAAAAAAAAAAAAAGAAGAAUUUAGAUUUUCAAGAACUCAGUCUCAAUUCUCUCAAUUGUUUGAUAGUUGAUAUUUUCUCCUUGUGCAGAAAGCCUUGCGAAAUAUUACAGAUUUCUUUUUCUGUUUCACAAUGAAAGUAAGACAGGUGAACCUAAGUGCAUGAGUGAAGAGCAGCUGGAAUUGUAGAUUCCAUCCUGAGAUGUCCUGGGGUCUGAUUAUGGGAUGUGGGGUCCUCGGAAGGAGCUCUGAGGCCUUAUAAAUGUUGUGUGGCCAUCAGACUAUGCAUACACACUAGUAUUUUGCUAACAGGAGCUUUUCUUUUCCCAUCCCCAAAUUAGAUUUUUGUUUUAUGAGACUAUGAAUAUCAUACCUAUCUGGAAUGAAUGACACAUAAAAUGGGAAAAAUCAUUUUCUCAACUCUCUGAAAGGUGAAAAUACAGUGGGAUCAACAAAGUGACCAUGUUGUGAAUGCAGUCAUGGGAAUGUAUGUGUGCAAAUGAAUGAAGCCACCUGUGUGGCAACAGAAUGACUUCUGCUCCCCUCCCACAUAGGGGCCACACAGCCUUCUGUGUCCUUGCAGGCCUAUUUCCUGGGCUCCCCGACAGUUACUGAGUCGGUGCUACCGCGAACAGAGGAAGAGUCUGACCUUUGUUAGAAACUUCUGGGCUUCCGAGUGUCAGUGUGUACAUCUGACGGUUUUUUUAAAAAGCAAAGUACCAGCGAAUGAAGUGUGACUGAUAUUGACAGACUUCUAAAAUCCCACUAUUUACACUUUCCAGAAUGGAUACUGUUGAGAAAUGAAUGAAAACAGUGUCUCAUCAGUUCUGUUAGACGCUCUCACACCAUGUGGAAUGUGAUGGAAUAAAUUCACAGGGAGAAGGAUUCGGGAGGGAGCAGAAGGGUUAACCUUCAAAUGUGGUUUAUUCAUAAUUUUCUGUAAUACUCAUGACAGUUGAAGAACGAGUUUAAGUCAAAGUCAUAUAAUGGAUGGAAUAUAAAUUGUACAACCUAGAUAAUAGGAAUGAAGGUAUUAAGGGAACUGAGUCAGGAGUAUCCACGAUUGAAAAAAUAAAUCCAAUGCUUGUAGUUUGCAAGUGAUCUGGCCCUCUGUCUACUGAGAUGUCUGGAUAGAACCAGCCUUGGGUUUAGCUGCCAGAUGGCAGAAACCCAUAAACAUGCUCUCUUUCCCCUCUGGUGUGUCUGUGCUAAUACUCUGGGGGAUCUUGAAGAAUCUCUGAUUAACCUCUGUAUCUAAAUGUCAUUUAUAAAUAAAAUAUACCCAGCUUUGAA